AUGGAUCAAUUGGAUUCUGCGGAAGAUCCGUACGUGUUUUAUAGAGAAAGGCAGGAAUGGAAGGAUGUCACCCCAGUUUCCCAGGAUGAUGGUCCCUUUACCGUGGUCCAGAUUGCCUAUUCCGACAAGUUUAAAGAUGUUUUUGAUUAUUUCCGCGCAAUUUUAAAAUCUGGUGAAAUAUCAGAGCGUGCGUUUGACUUAACGACCGACGCCGCAGGUCAGAAUCCGGCGAACUACACAGUGUGGAGGCAUCGACGCCUGCUCCUCAAAGAAUUGAAUAAAGAUCUCAAUGAGGAGUUGGACUACAUUUCUGAAAUAAUUGAAGAGCACCCAAAAAAUUAUCAGGUUUGGUAUCAUCGCAGUGUAAUUGUGUUAUGGUUAAAUGAUGCCUCAAAGGAAUUGAAAUUUAUUGAGAAAAUUUUAAAAGAUGAUGCAAAGAACUACCACGCAUGGCAACACAGGCAGUGGAUUUUAACAAAAUUCAAUUUAUGGGAAAAUGAAUUAGAAUUUGUCAGUAAGCUAAUAAAAAAUGAUGUGAGAAACAAUUCUGCAUGGAACCAAAGAUACUUUGUCAUUGCUCAUACAACUGGUUUCACAGAUGAAGUUGUACAGAGGGAGCUGGAGUACACAACACAGCAAAUUCUUAAAGUACCUCACAAUGAAAGUCCAUGGAAUUAUUUGAGAGGAAUAUUGUCAGACAAGGGCAAAUUUGAAUUUUCCCAAAUUAUGGAGUUCUGUGAUAAACUCUACAAAGAUAAUAUCAGGUCGUUCUACUUACUGGGAUUUAUGGUGGAAUGCCUUGAAGAUGCAUUAAAGGAAGCUUCAGCCAACAAGGAAGAACUCUUGAAAAAAGCUCUGCAGCUGUGCGACACCCUCAUCGAAAAUGAUACGAUUAGAGUUGAGUACUGGAACUACAUCUCCAGAUCACUGUCUGUGCAACACUCUGCACAAGCAACUGCUUGAUUGAUGCCUGCUUUAACAUCAUUAUAUUUUAUUAUAUUGCGGAUUACAAUUGCAAAAAUCUUAAUCCUUGUCACUAAUAGACAAUUUGACACGAGUAUGCAAAUCGUAAAUUGCUUUCAUUUGUUCUCCCUUUAGUACUGUUUUAACAAAUGUUUGUCAAGUAAUCUGAUUUUACUUGUUAUUUCUUGUUAUAAAUUGAAUUUUACACUUAAAC